AUGUCUUCUGAAUACCCAUACCCUGAAUAUCAUGACUCUGACCGCGUGCAGCGUGAGAGGUCCCGUUCGCCCCGCCGCCGUUCUUCUCGCAGUCCCCGACGGACCCGUCGCUCGUACUCGCCGCGCAGUCGAUCUCGCAGCCGUGACGAUUACCGUCGCAGUGAUCGCGAUCGCCGUUCUCGUUCUCCACUGAGUGCUGCUGGUGCUGCUGGACCGUCGGGCUCCCCCUACGGUGGACGCAGUGGUUACGCGCCGGGUCGAAACUUGGAAGAUCGUUCCGCCGCCAAAGAAAACAUGAUGCAAUCCGUCCGCGACUCGUCCCAGCAAGACCGCCGGGUCUAUGUGGGCAAUUUGUCAUAUGAUGUGAAAUGGCAUCACCUGAAAGAUUUUAUGCGACAGGCUGGAGAGGUUCUCUUUGCCGAUGUGUUACUUCUUCCGAAUGGAAUGUCGAAGGGAUGCGGGAUUGUGGAAUACGCUACGAGGGAGCAAGCGCAAAACGCAGUCAACUCGCUCAGCAACCAAAAUUUGAUGGGCCGUCUUGUUUACGUUCGCGAGGAUCGUGAGGCCGAGCCUCGUUUCGUCGGUGGCCCUCCGCGCGGCGAUUUUGGCGGUGGUGGCCGGGGUAGCUUUGGUGGUGGCUUUGGCGGCGGCGGCGGCGGCGGCGGUGGCCCCGGUGCCGGCCGCCAGCUCUAUGUGUCCAACCUCCCUUUCAAUGUGGGUUGGCAAGACUUGAAGGAUCUGUUCCGCCAAGCUGCCCAGCAGGGUGCCGUCAUCCGUGCCGAUGUGCACACCGACCCAACCGGUCGUCCUAAGGGCUCCGGUAUUGUUGCCUUCGAGUCUCCGGACGAUGCGCGCAACGCAAUUGCGCAGUUCAAUGGCUACGAGUGGCAGGGUCGUCCCCUGGAGGUUCGUGAGGACCGCUUCGCUGGCGGUGGCCCCGGUUUCGGUGGCCGCGGUGGCUUCGGCGGUGGCUUCGGGGGUCGUGGUGGCUUCCCUGGUGCCCGCGGCGGCUUCGGUGGACGCGGUGGCUAUGGCGGUGGUUUCGGCGGCCGCGGUGGCUUUGGUGGCCCAGCUCCUGGCGGUCCCCCUGGCCCUGGCGGUCCUCCUGGUGGUGGCUUUGGCGGCGGUGGUUUCGACAAUGCCGUGGUUUCGGUCCCCCCGAACCCUUUCACUGACUUCGCGACCUCUGGUGGUGAGAAGAGCGGUGUUAUCUACGUGCGCAACCUUCCCUGGUCCACCUGUAAUGAGGACCUGAUCGAUCUGUUCUCGACCAUCGGCAAGGUUGAGAAGGCCGAGAUCCAGUACGAGCCGAAUGGCCGCUCCCGCGGCACAGGUGUCGUCGAGUUCGACAGCCCCGAUACUGCUGAGACUGCUAUAGCCAAGUUCACUGGCUACCAGUACGGUGGUCGCCCUCUGGGUAUCACCUUCGUCAAGUAUUUGAACGCAGGCGGCGCUCCCGGCGACGAGAUGAUGGAGGGGGCUGAACCGACGGAGGUCAUCACGCAGGACCAGAUCAUGUAA